AUGAGACUCGCCGCAUAUACUGGGGUCUCGGUGGCCCUAGCCACGGGUGUCUUUCUCAAGGCACUUCAUCAGAGGGCGAAUUUCUACUCGGCCUGCGUUUACCUCUCUCAAAGCAGUGCCAAUCUCAUGAUCCUGACAAAUGUGUGUCUGUUAGCGGUCGGUUUCCUUCUUUUCUGGCUUCAACGUCUCCUCUACGGCCCCUUGCGACCCAUCGAAACCGAACAGUUGUAUGAAAAGGCAUGGUUCGCGGUUACGGAAACCUGUCUGGCCAUGACCAUAUUCCGGGGGGAGUUGGGCGGCUGGUUCUUGGUUAUGUUCAUUUGUCUACUCGUCGGAAAGGUUUGGGGCUGGAUUGGCGAAGGCCGUGUGGAAUACCUGGAACAGCAACCCCCAGCCAACCCUCGCCUGUUCCAUACUCGCCUGGCAAUUUCCCUGCUCCUCGCAGUUCUGUUUAAUUCUUUCAUGUUAAAGUACUGUGUUCGGACGGUUCUUGAGCAAGCACGCCCUGACAUGAUGGUCAUGUUCGGCUUCGAGUUCGCCGUCCUCACCAUCCUAUCGAGUUCGACCGCCGCGAGGUACUCAAUUUCUCUGGUAGAGAUAUAUAUUAAUCAUCAACAGUUGAAGGCCAGGGUGGAGGAGCGCCGUCAGGAGAUUCGAGCCGAGAGGCAGGAGGCCAUUCGUCAGAGUGCGCAAGCCGGAGAACUCUCUCCUCCCGCUAAUUUACCUGAUGAAAACGAUAUCAAUGAGAUGGAACUUGAUGUCCCAGGAUGGGAGGAAAAAGGCCGCUGGGUUUUCUAUCUCGAUCUGCUUACGGACUUUUUGAAGCUGACCGUGUAUCUCACUUUCUUUGCCAUCCUCUUCACCUUCUACGGGCUACCGAUCCAUAUCCUGCGCGACGUAGUAGUGACGAUUCGCUCCUUCGGUCGCAGGAUCAUGGAUUUCCUUCGGUACCGCAAUGCUACUCGUGACAUGAACGAGCGGUAUCCAGAUGCGACUGCGGAGGAAAUCGCACGGGAAGAAGUCUGCAUUAUUUGUCGGGAGGAAAUGGCACAGUGGCAACCCGCGGACGGAGCUGCGCCAACAAGAGGACGGGUUUCCGAGAGACUUCGCCCGAAGAAGCUCCCUUGUGGUCACAUCUUGCAUUUCGCCUGUCUUCGCAGCUGGCUGGAAAGACAGCAAAACUGCCCAACCUGUCGACGCCCAGUUGUCGCACCGCCUCGUCACCGUGGCCAGCCAGGGGCGGGGGUAAAUGAUGGGCAAGGCAACGGGGGUGCUGGGGGUCUACCAGGUGGCCCUGCUGGGAAUCAGCCUCCCGGGGGGAAUGCAGCCGCUGAUGGCUUACCCAGGGCUCGUGUAUACCAAUUUGGACCCUUCCGGAUCGGGUUCGGCGCGGGCCGAGGAGACAUGUUUCACAAUCUUCAUCAGCAAAUUCACCAAGGCAAUGCUCCCUUACAGCCAGCAAAUAAUGGCAAUCCUGGCGCGAGACAAAUCGGGUUUGGUUUUGGCUUCGGGCGUCCACCACCACCACCACCAACUGCCCACCCUUCGCCGGCCCCAACGGCCGUCUCUGAUAUGCAAACCCACCUUUCCCAAUUGGAACAGCAGAUUAUGCAGGAAAUCAACAAUCUCCGGGUUACUGCAGAUCAACUUCAUCUGGUCCGCUUGUUACAGACCGAGCUUCAGCGACUUCGGAGUCUCCAGGAUCCUCUAGCAACCCCCCUGGAUUUGCCGAACAAUCUAUCGGAGAACCCUACCAUUCCUUCGUCGUCUACAAUAACAACAACUCGCCGGCAAUUUAUUUCAGACCCAAGAGCACCAGCGAUGACGGCUGGCGAUGCACGACUACCCGAGGGACUUAGCCUUCCUCCGGGCUGGUCCCUUCUUCCCCUCCACUCAGCGGAACAGGGUUCCAGUGGAGCAGCAAACGUGACGCCCACUCCAACUGUUCCCGUGACAGCUCCACCUGCACAGACGCCUGACAGUUCCGAGUCCCAGGCGCCCGCGUUGGCGGAAAAUGGUUUGAAUGAAAGUCAGAAUGAACAGGGUCCUAGCCAGGUGAAUUCGGGCUCUCGUGCCCUGCCGGGUUGGGGUUCAGCACUGUCUCCAACCACGGCGACAGACGAUACCGAACCAGCGUCCGAGCAAUGGACAGAAGUAACAACUGAGGGACAAACUGAGAAACCCAGUUCACUAACCGUUGAACAUGGUGAGGCUGUCAAUCAUAACGAGGACGGUGUGGUAGAGGAUGGCUCAUCGUCAUCACCGUCGAAGGGCAAAGCGCGGGUGGCAACAGUGGAAGACGUCGGGGAUGAUGAGACAUGA